GGAAAAGAAAUGGAGCAAGUUCAGUAACUAUCCAGUCUAAUCUCUUACUGAUACCUUAAGGAAUCUUACAAAUACUUAUUUUGAAUUGAGAAAAUGACUACAGAUAUAGAAGAAAGCACAGGUUAUUGGAAAAGAAUACCUGUCAAAAAGUGGAACAUCCAAUAGCUAAUUUGGAAGUAGUAGAAAACAAAUAUACCUGUUAUGGUGCGAUUCUGGAGUGGAGUUAACUCUGUAGCACACAAGUAGCUCUCCAAGGAGAAAAAGAACCAACAGAGCUUUCUGUUUUUCUAAAUUAUGGAAAUUUUUUGGAAGACGUGGACAUGGAUUUUGAGCCUAGUCAUGGUUUCAUCGGAAUUUCACAGUGACAACAGGCUUUCGUAUAGUUCUCAAGAGGAAUUCCUGUCUUACCUUGAACACUACCAACUAACAAUCCCAGUAAGGGUUGACCAAAAUGGAGCCUUCCUCAGCUUUACUGUGAAAAAUGCUAAACCCUCAAGAAGGAGGAGGAGCACAGACCCUUAUGACCAAGAACUGGCAACAUCUAAAUUAUUUUUUAAACUUUCUGCCUAUGGCAAGCACUUUCAUUUAAACCUGACUCUCAACACAGAUUUGGUGUCCAGACAUUUUACAGUAGAAUACUGGGGGAAAGAUGGACCUCAAUGGAAGCAUGAUUUUUUAGACCACUGUCAUUACACAGGAUUUUUGCAAGACCAACACAGUACAACUAAAGUGGCCUUAAGCAACUGCAAUGGUCUGCAUGGAGUCAUUGCUACAGAAGAUGAAGAGUAUUUUAUUGAGCCUUUAAGGAAUAUAACGGAAGAUUCUAGUAAUUUUAAUUAUGAGAAUGGUCACCCUCAUGUUAUAUACAAAAAAUCUACUAUACACCAGCAGCAUCUCUAUGAUCACAGUCACUGUGGAGUCUCAGACCUCACAAGAAGCGGUAAACCUUGGUGGAUGAGUGAUGCAUCUGCUUUUGCAGCUUCACUUCCAGUCAAUGACACGUUAAAGAGUCACAGUCGACAGAAGAGAUCAGUAAGCCUUGAACGGUUUGUGGAAACGCUGGUAGUAGCUGACAAAAUGAUGGUGGGAUACCAUGGUCGCAAAGACAUUGAACACUACAUUUUGAGUGUAAUGAAUAUUGUUGCCAAACUUUAUCGUGAUUCCAGUCUAGGAAACGUUGUGAAUAUUAUAGUGACACGUUUAAUUGUCCUCACUGAAGAUCAGCCAAACUUGGAGAUAAACCACCAUGCAGACAAGUCCCUCGAUAGCUUCUGUAAGUGGCAGAAAUCCAUUCUCUCCCAACAAAGUGAUGGAAACACCAUUCCAGAAAAUGGGAUUGCCCACCAUGAUAAUGCGGUUCUUAUUACUAG